UUCACGAGGAAGCGUCAGUACUGUAUUUAAAGUGGGGUAAAGUAGAGCUCAGUCGACCGCAGACGUGCGUUGUGGUAAAUAGUGUGAGCAGAGUUACGCAAAGACUUUGACUGCAGCCGAAGAUGAUGGUCCUGGUCCCGCUGCUGUUGGCCCUUUGGCUCGGCGCCCCGAACGGCGGCAGCGCUCUGCCCCCGUCCUGCCUCCAACCUCCAGCCAAGUGGUGCUCAUCUUUAGACUCAGCUGUUCAGUGCGGGGUUUUGAAGCAGUGCCUGGAGUCGGACUUCAGGAGGACCCGUCAGACUGAUGAUCCAGUCCAAGUUGGCCUUUACUAUGAGAGCCUUUGUCCUGGCUGCAGGCUUUUUCUCACUAGAAUGCUCUUUCCCACCUACCUGCUGCUGAACGAAAUCAUGUCUGUUACUCUGGUGCCCUAUGGAAACGCACAGGAGAAGCCUGAUGGUCAGAAGUAUACCUAUGAGUGCCAGCAUGGCAAAGAUGAAUGUCUGGGGAACAUGAUAGAGACUUGUAUGAUGAACAUGACUGAGAUGGCUUUCCCAAUCAUCUUCUGCAUGGAAUCCUCUGCUGAUGUUAUCAGCUCAGCUGAAAGUUGUUUGAAAAUCUACGACCCUGAUCUGAGCAUGGACAAAGUGAUGAGCUGUGUUAAUGGAGACAUAGGAAUGCAGCUGAUGCAUCAGAACGCCCUGAAGACCAAAGCGUUGAACCCUCCCCACCAGUACGUGCCCUGGAUCACCAUCAAUGGGGAGCAUUCAGACGACCAGCAGGAAAAGGCCAUGACUUCUCUUUUCUCUUUGGUCUGUUCCACAUACAAGGGCAAAAAGCCUGCUGCCUGUGGAGGGGCUGAGAAAAUACACUACAAAAGUUACUGCCACAAUGAAUAAAGAAGCCGCAUAGCUUCUCUAUACAGGACCUGCUAUGUUCCAGGUGCAGCCUCUGAACUAAAGAACACUGAGGAUGUUUUAUUUGGAUCUCUUUGUUUUUGUCUCUAGAAAUGGAAAGAUUUGUUCGCUCUAUUUUUAACCUGCACAAAUAAAAGUUUUCAUUCUAAAA